ACCUGCGACUUCCUGCACGGGCCGCGCACCCAGCGCCGCGCCGCCGCCCAGAUCGCCCAGGCGCUGCUGGGCGCCGAGGAGCGCAAGGUGGAGAUCUGCUUCUACCGCAAGGAUGGCAGCUCCUUCCCGUGCCUGGUGGACGUGGUGCCAGUGAAGAACGAGGAUGGCACCGUCAUCAUGUUCAUCCUCAACUUCGAGGCCGUGAGGGAGCCUGAGCCCGGGGAGGCCCCGACCCCCAGCACCAACCACUGGGUCACCCCGGCCCCCUGGGGCCCUGCAGGCCGCAGCCGCUCCCUGCGGCUGAAGCUGCUGGCGCUCACGGGCAGCCGCCAGUCGCUGCCCCCCGAGCCCCCGGAGCCGCCGGACGUGGUGGUCGUGGACCCGGGGGUCACGGACCCGCUGCCCACGGAGCCCGCCCUGCCUGCCAGCGACUCGGGCCCUGAGGACGCCUCCUCGUCGCUGGAGCCCGGCGCUGGGGACCGCCCCGAGGACGAGGCGGCGCUGAUGGGGGACCCCGAGCCGCCGGUGACGCAGUCGUCCCCGCGGGCCGAGCGCCUGGCGCUGGCCUUCGCCAACCACAGCCUGGCCCGGAGCCGGUCCCGGGAGCGCCGGUCCCGGGAGAGCCUCCGCAGCCUCCGCCGCGCCUCGUCCGUCGAUGACAUCGAGGCCAUGAAGGGGGACGGGGACAAGCGCUGCCACAGCCGCCACGCCAGCGCCAGCGCCGGCCUGCACCGCGGCUCCAGCACCGGCGCGGUGGCCGCUGUGCGCAGCGCGCUGCUCAACUCCACGUCGGACUCGGACCUGGCGCGGUUCCGGGCCAUCGGCCGCAUCCCCCAGAUCACCCUCAACUUCAUGGACCUGCAGCCGGGGGGGCUCCUGGCCUCGCCCCCGGCCCCCCGCCCCAUCAUUGCCCCCACCAAACUGCGCGACCGCACCCACAACGUCACCGAGAAGGUGACACAGGUGCUGUCCCUGGGUGCCGACGUGCUCCCCGAGUACAAGCUGCAGGCGCCGCGCAUCCACCGAUGGACCAUCCUGCACUACAGCCCCUUCAAGGCCGUGUGGGACUGGCUGAUCCUGCUGCUGGUCAUCUACACUGCCAUCUUCACGCCCUACUCGGCCGCCUUCCUGCUCAGCGACUCCGAGGAGGCGCAGCGCCACCACUGCGGCUACUCCUGCAGCCCGCUCAACGUGGUGGACCUCAUCGUGGACAUCAUGUUCAUCAUCGACAUCCUCAUCAACUUCCGCACCACCUACGUCAACUCCAACGAGGAGGUGGUCAGCCACCCCGCCAAGAUCGCCAUCCACUACUUCAAGGGCUGGUUCCUCAUCGACAUGGUGGCCGCCAUCCCCUUCGACCUGCUCAUCUUCGGCUCCGGCUCUGAGGAGACCACGACGCUGAUCGGGCUGCUGAAGACGGCGCGGCUGCUGCGGCUGGUGCGCGUGGCGCGGAAGCUGGACCGCUACUCGGAGUACGGCGCGGCCGUGCUGUUCCUGCUCAUGUGCACCUUCGCCCUGAUCGCCCACUGGCUGGCCUGCAUCUGGUACGCCAUCGGCAACGUGGAGGGGCAGCGCACGGGCUGGCUGCACGCGCUGGGACAGCAGAUCGGCAAGCCCCUGAACGGCAGCUUCGGGCCCUCCAUCAAGGACAAGUACGUCACCGCGCUCUACUUCACCUUCAGCAGCCUCACCAGCGUGGGCUUCGGCAACGUGUCCCCCAACACCAACUCUGAGAAGAUCUUCUCCAUCUGCGUCAUGCUCAUCGGAUCGCUGAUGUACGCCAGCAUCUUCGGGAACGUGUCGGCCAUCAUCCAGCGGCUGUACUCGGGCACGGCGCGCUACCACACGCAGAUGCUGCGCGUGCGCGAGUUCAUCCGCUUCCACCAGAUCCCCAACCCGCUGCGCCAGCGCCUCGAGGAGUACUUCCAGCACGCCUGGUCCUACACCAACGGCAUCGACAUGAACGCGGUGCUGAAGGGGUUCCCCGAGUGCCUGCAGGCCGACAUCUGCCUGCACCUGAACCGCAGCCUGCUGCAGAACUGUGCCCCGUUCCGCGGCGCCACCAAGGGCUGCCUGCGGGCGCUGGCCAUGAAGUUCAAGACCACCCACGCCCCCCCCGGGGACACGCUGGUGCACGCCGGGGACGUGCUCACCGCGCUCUACUUCAUCUCCCGCGGCUCCAUCGAGAUCCUGCGCGGCGACGUCGUGGUCGCCAUCCUGGGUAAGAACGACACCUUCGGGGAGCCGCUGCACCUGCACGCCCGGCCCGGCAAGUCGCGGGCGGACGUUCGGGCGCUCACCUACUGCGACCUGCACAAGAUCCUGCGCGAGGACCUGCUCGAGGUGCUCGACAUGUACCCCGAGUUCUCCGACCGCUUCUGGGGCACCCUCGAGAUCACCUUCAACCUGCGCGACACCAACAUGAUCCCCGGCUCCCCGGGCAGCGACGAGCUGGACGCGGGCUUCUCCCGGCUCCGGCGCCGCAAGCUGUCCUUCCGCCGGCGCCCCGAGAAAGAUGCCGCCAGUCCCGGGGAGUCCCGGGCGCUGCGGGGGGACGGCGGGGGGGGCCAAGCCCCCGGAGCCCCCCGAGGCCCGGCCGAGUGGGACCCCCCCAGCCCCUCCAGCUGCGCCUCCAGUGACGAGGAGGAGCCCCCCGCGCCCCCUCCGGGGGCCACCGCGCUGUCCCCGUUCCGCAGCGCCCCCCCGGCUCCCCCCGAGCCCGAGGAGCGAGAGGGCAGCGAUAUGUGCAACCCCCUCUCAGGCGCCUUCUCGGGGGUCUCCAACAUCUUCAGUUUUUGGGGUGACACCCGGGGCCGCCAGUACCAGGAGCUCCCCCGUUGUUCCCACGGGCCCCCCCCAAAUCCCCCCCCAACCCUGACCCGCCGCCAGCGCUCCGACCUGGAAUCCCGCUUGGAUCUGCUCCAAAAACAGCUCAACAGGCUGGAGUCCCGGCUGAGCACGGACAUCUCGUCCAUCGUGCAGCUGCUGCAGCGCCAGGUGCUGGUGCCCCCCGCCUACAGCGCCCUGAGCUCCCCGCACCAGCCCCCCCCGGGGCCGCUGCCCCCCGCCCUGCCCGUCACCCCCAUCCGGCCGCUCGCUCAGGUGAGGGACCCCGCUCACCCGGGCUGGGGGCGUUCCGCUGGCGGGCUCUGGGAGGGGUGGGCUGGGGGUCUCACGGCGUGGCUGCCCCGCAGGCUGGAGUCCCGGCUGAGCACGGACAUCUCGUCCAUCGUGCAGCUGCUGCAGCGCCAGGUGCUGGUGCCCCCCGCCUACAGCGCCCUGAGCUCCCCGCACCAGCCCCCCCCGGGGCCGCUGCCCCCCGCCCUGCCCGUCACCCCCAUCCGGCCGCUCGCUCAGGUCCCGCGCCCCCCGCGCGCCCCGGACCCCCCGGACGUGGUGCUGCUGCUGGAGCCGCCCCCCCCGCGGCGCCGCUCCCUGCCCGGGGCGCUGCCCCCCCCCCCCGGGGACCCCCCCGGGGACCCCCCCGCUCCAGAGACACUGCUCCGACCCCGGCAGCUAAUGGGAGCGCCGGGGCGCGGCGGGACCCCUGGAGCCACGGGACCCCCGACCCCGGAAAGCGGGACCCCCGCAGCCCUCGGACCCCAGGACGUGGGACCCUGGAGUCCUCAGACCCCGAGACGCGGGACCCCCAAAGCCCAGGACGCGGGACCCCUGACCCCGGCGUGUGGGAGCCCCGGACCCCUCGGCCCGCAGCCCUGGACGCACCAGCGGGGACCCCCGGAGUCACAGGACCCCCGGCUCCGACCCUGGGAGCCCUGGAGCCCUGGGACCCCCGGCCCCCGAAUGUGGGACCCCCAGAGUCCUCGGAGCCCCGCACCCUGGCACCUGGGACCCCCGGGACCCCCGGAGCCCGGCACAUGGGACCCCCGGAGCCACAGGACCCCUGUCCCCAGCAUGUGGGACCCCCAAAGCCCAGGCCGUGGGACACCCAGAGCCCUGGGACCCCUGACCCCGCAAGGUGGGGACGCAGAGCCCCCAGCCCUGGGGUCCCCAGAGCCCUGCCCGGGCCCCGGCUGCCCCAUGGACACUGCCCUCGGUGCCAGCGGGGGGCUCGGGGCCGCCGGGACCCCCGUAUCCCACCUCAUCCUGGGGCCCCCUGCCCCGGACUGUCAGACUGUGCUGCUCUUCCUCCUCCUCCUCCCCCUCCUCCUGCCCGAGCCCCGGGGCGGCGGGGGGUGCACAGGUGUGUGUGUGCACAGGUGUGCACAGGUGUGUCCCCGGUCCUGUCCCCAGGACGUCACGUGUGUGUCGGGGGGUCCCGCUGCGCUGGGACACGCGUGUUGCCCCCCCGUCUGUGUGUGUAUGUGUGUGUGUGUGUGUCCCCGCCGUGUCCCCACCGUGUCCCCCCGCCAGGACCCCCCAGUGGCGUGUGGGGCCCGGUGGGUCCGUGUGUGCCCCCCGUGUCCCCCGGGACCCCCGGCUGAGGGAGGGUCGGGACCCUCCGUGUGCCCCUCCCCGUCCGGCCGGGCCGCGCGUCCCCGAGCCCCCCGCACAGCCGGGUGACACGCGGCAGUGUCACCCCCCGCACAGGGAGGGGACGCAGGGCUCGAGGGGCUGCCCCUGCCCGGCCGCCCCGUAGCGCGUGCUGUGUUUGUCCCAUGUCACCCUGCAUGUCACCCCCGCGUAGGUGCCCCCAAUAAACCAGACAGAGACCCCG